UCCUCACCGUCUCCAUAGUGAUAGAGUAGUUUAUCUGCGAGAGACGGCUACAUCCCGGCAGUCGAGGUAACGGCUCAUAUUUCGGGCCGCUGUAUGUGUACGGGCCUCGAGCAUGGACGAGGCAGAUUCACAGGGGCUGCAGACAAGAUUAGUGCUGAACCAGCCGUACGACGAGAGCCUGGAGGUGAACGACUCCGAAGACGUGGCUAGCCUUCACUCCCCUACUCCAAGAAAACCGGUUCCUUACAAGCGAUCUUCAGAUAAACAGAAAAUCAUGCCCGACCCGAAUGUUAGCAGUGAAGAAGAGGAGAACACCACCACGAAAAAGAGAGCGCCUCGUGGUGCCCCACAUCAGAAAUUAAGUGAUGAUGACAAUACAGAGGAUUCAGAAGAGGAAGAUGAUGAUGAUGAUGACGACGACGAUGACGAUGAUGAUGAAGAUGACGACGAUGAAGAGAAUGGCACUUCCCAUGUAGGUUAUGAUCCUGCUGAUUUUGAGCACCUUCCAGUGACAUCAGAAAUGAAAGAGUUGUUCCAGUAUAUUACUAGAUACACGCCCCAAGCCAUAGAUCUGGAGCACAAGCUGAAACCUUUUAUCCCAGACUUUAUUCCUGCGGUGGGAGACAUCGAUGCAUUUCUGAAGGUUCCACGACCUGAUAAUAAACCAGAUAAACUUGGCCUUUUAACUCUUGAUGAACCAUCCACAAAACAGUCGGAUUCCACAGUUAUGGCGCUCUGGCUGUCAGAAAAUUCCAAGCAGCACAGCAUGGCACAUCACAUCAAAGUCAAGAGCUUGGAAAAUGCAGAAAAGAACCAUAAAGCCAUUGACGCUUGGAUUGAAAGUAUCAGUGAAUUACAUCGUUCAAAACCUCCCGCCACCGUUCACUAUACCAGACCAAUGCCUGAAGUGGAAAGUCUAAUGCAGGAAUGGCCCUCAGAGUUUGAGGAAUGCCUUGGAAAGAUUAGUCUGCCAACUGCGGAUUUGGACUGUGACCUUCCCACCUACAUUGAUCUGACACUGGCUCUGACGGAUAUCCCCGUUUACAAGAGUCGUAUCCAGUCGCUGCACGUCCUGUUUUCCCUCUAUUCAGAGUUCAAGAACUCUCAGCAUUUCAAAGCUUUGGCAGAAGGAAAGAAAGAGCGAAUCUCCUCUGGGAAGACGGCAACCCCAAGCGCUGACACAGAAGCCAUACAUUACAGCUGAGGACUCCACAAUGUAUAGAGAUGUCCCACAUUACUCUGUGGCUGGGUUCUGAGAUGUUACUAGUCCUCUGUAAUGGACUCAUAGCAGACAAGGCUUGUAGCAUUAGUUGUAACUACACACGUGCUUCUGUAUAUAUGCAUAUAUAUAUAUUUUUGUGCAGUAUAAUGUAAUUUACAUUUUAUUAAACAUUUUCAAUAU